AUGUCUCAUCAAUCGCCAGCUGCAACAGUUGCAGCUGCAAUCCAGGAUGGCAAAACACAUCUGCUCUUAGCCGCAAGCGGCUCGGUUGCUACCAUAAAACUGCCUCAAAUUAUCUCAGCGCUGGAGAGAUAUCCUAAUCUCUCGAUCCGUGUCAUCUUUACAAAAUCGGCUACCCACUUUCUUCGUGGCCAGUCCGCAGAACAGCCAACAGUGGCGUCUUUAGCCUUGCUUCCAAAUGUUGAUUCCAUCCACGAAGACGAGGACGAAUGGGUCGAGCCGUGGACCCGGAACGCAAAUAUACUUCACAUAGAGCUCCGCCGUUGGGCGCAUCUAUUGGCAGUCGUCCCCAUGUCUGCCAAUCUGUUAGCGAAGGUGACCGGUGGCCUCUGUGACGAUCUCCUGACGAACGUGAUUCGUGCCUGGGAAAUUCACCCUGCAGACCCCAAAAGAAGACCGAUCAUCGUUGCGCCGUCGAUGAAUACCAUGAUGUGGACUCACCCGUUAACGGCAAAGCAAUUAGCUGUACUCAACAAUGAGUGGGAGUGGUUUGAGGUGCUUCAGCCACAAAGUAAAACCUUGGCGUGUGGUGAUACUGGCCAGGGUGCCAUGUGCGAGUGGAAUGAGAUCGUCAGUGUGAUUGAAAAACGACUUGCUGCUACGAAUACUAGUUUAGCGACCACGCCUCAGACGGAAGCAUCAUAA